AGUUAUCCAGACAUGAUUUUAAAUUGUGACAAUAACGUUGAUGAAACUACUAAUAACCCUGGAAACAAAGGAUCGAUGAGCAAAGUCAGAGUUGGGUCCAGAAGUUUCCCACUGUAUCCAGUGGUUAUCGUCAGUUUGGGGCUGCUUAACACUAUUCUGAUGUUAACUGCUGUUGUUAUUGGGAUUUACUGUGGUAUAUUUAGUGAGGUGUCAGCUUCAGACCAAAAUGCACAAACCCUUAUAAUAGAGUUUAAGACACUUUGUGAAAUGUUUGCCGAUGUAAUCCAAUCCCAAGAAGAAGCCAAGCAAGCAUUACAAAAGGAGCUCAGAAACAAUGAAAAGAAUAAACUGCAGAUGGAGCAGAACAAGACUCUUUGUGACCGACUCCAGAGGCAGAUUGAGAGUCUACAUGUGGAGAAAGCAACACUGCAGUCCAAGUUAUCGGAUAUACAAGACAAUUGUGGACGAUGCCUUCCAGGAUGGCUAUUAAUCAACCACACCUGCUACUUCCAUUCUAUAUCGGAAACCAGUGCCCUUAAGAACUGGUGGGAUAGCAGGGCGGACUGUAUCAGCCGGGGGGGCAAUCUUACUGUGAUUAAUAGCUUGGAGAAGCAGCUAAAUCUUCACGAGUUUCUACCAAAAGGUUUGCAACAAAGCAAGCACAGGGGAGCCUGGAUUGGCCUAACAUAUGAUCGGACAGUGCACAGAUGGGUGUGGUCAAAUGAAGUGACUCUGAGCGAUCAAGGGUACUGGAAUUCUGGGGAGCCCAACAACCAAGAAGCACCAGAUGGAGCCUGUGUGGCAAUUGUAAACAAGAAAACCCCGACAAGAACGUGGUUUGACACAAGCUGCGAUUGGGAAAAGGAAUGGUUAUGUGAAAUGGAGCCAAACUAGUUGUGGAGAGAGUGAUGGUCAGGGUUUAAGUCUCUCCAUUACAUCAAACAAGCUGGGAAGAGAAGAAACAGUCAUUUUCCUUUCUUUAUUAAAGGAUGAAUUGUCUUCAAGUUUCUUUGUUUUUGAAUAAAUAUAUGGACCACGUGAACAAAUGUGGUUUCUUAUUGCAGUUGUGCUGUUUUCUGAAGGGGGUAAUUUCAAAG